UCUCAAAAAGAAACUCGAAAACGAGAAAAACAAAAAAAUGGCGAGCUCCGAUGCUCUCUUGCCAAUCUCCGCCAGAGAAGAAGACCCAUUGUUAUCCGACGGGUCAAGAUCCGACCCGAAUCUGGAAACCCAUUUCCGUAGACGACCCGUUAAAGGUCUCCUCGCUGUCUCAUUUGGGCUUUUGUUUAUCGCCUUUUACGUCGCUCUCAUCGCCACACACGACGGAUCUAGAUCCAAGGACGCUAUAAUCGACGAAACAGCGACGUCAACGUCACGUGCUCGUCUCGCUGGCGUGUCGGAGAAAAGCAAUGAUCAGCUAUGGAAACUUUCCGGCGACCGGAAUACGGCGGCGUUCGCCUGGAACAAUAGUAUGUUGUCUUGGCAACGAACGGCGUUCCAUUUCCAGCCUGAGCAGAAUUGGAUGAACGAUCCUAAUGGUCCAUUGUUCUACAAGGGAUACUACCAUUUCUUCUACCAAUACAACCCAAACGCUGCCGUAUGGGGUGACAUUGUUUGGGGUCAUGCCGUGUCCAAGGACCUGAUCCAUUGGGUCCAUUUGCCCUUAGCAAUGGUUGCUGACCAAUGGUACGACUCCAACGGUGUCUGGACCGGCUCAGCCACAAUCCUCCCUGAUGGCUCUAUCGUCAUGCUUUACACCGGUUCCACUGACAAAUCCGUACAGGUCCAAAACCUUGCCUACCCUGAGGACCCCAACGACCCUCUUCUGUUGAAAUGGGUCAAAUUCUCUGGCAAUCCGGUUCUCGUACCUCCACCUGGUAUUCUCCCAAAGGACUUCCGUGACCCAACAACUGCGUGGAAGACAUCAGAGGGCAAAUGGCGGAUCACAAUUGGUUCCAAGAUCAACAGAACCGGAAUCUCGCUCGUGUACGAUACAACCGACUUCAAGACGUACGAGAGACUCGACACAUUGUUGCACGCAGUUCCAAACACCGGGAUGUGGGAGUGCGUUGACUUUUAUCCUGUCUCUAAGACCGAUGUCAAUGGGCUCGAGACAUCAGUCAACGGACCGGACGUGAAACACAUCGUAAAGGCUAGCAUGGACGAUACCAGGAUCGACCAUUAUGCCGUAGGGACGUAUUUUGAUUCGAACGGGACAUGGAUCCCGGAUGAUCCAACUAUUGAUGUCGGGAUUAGUACUAGUUUAAGAUAUGACUACGGAAAGUUCUAUGCUUCGAAGACGUUUUAUGACCAGAACAAGAGUCGGAGAAUCUUGUGGGGUUGGAUUAGUGAAUCUGAUAGUGAAGCUGCUGAUGUACAAAAAGGCUGGUCUUCUCUUCAGGGUAUCCCAAGAACCGUUGUCCUCGACACAAAGACAGGGAAGAACUUGGUUCAAUGGCCAGUGGAAGAAAUCAAAUCUCUUAGACUAAGCAGCAAGAAAUUCGACAUGGAAGUUAGUCCCGGGUCGAUGAUACCUAUCGAUGUGGGUUCCGCGGCUCAGCUAGACAUCGAAGCAGAAUUCGAGAUCAAGAAAGAAUCUAUCGACAAAAUCCUCGGAAAUGCUUCGGUGGUGGCUGAGGCUGAGGAAUUUAGCUGCCAGAACAGUGGAGGCUCCACCGUCCGUGGUGCUUUGGGGCCAUUCGGUUUCUCAGUUCUCGCGGAUGAGAAGUUGUCGGAGCAAACUCCGAUUUACUUUUAUGUGGCUAAGGGAAAAGAUUCAAAGCUCAAAACUUUCUUCUGCACAGACACCUCAAGGUCAUCUUUUGCAAACGAUGUCAUUAAACCGAUAUACGGUAGUGUCGUACCGGUUCUCAAAGGGGAGAAAUUGACCAUGAGAAUAUUGGUGGAUCAUUCGAUAGUAGAAGGGUUUGGACAAGGUGGAAGAACAUGUAUAACGUCAAGAGUAUAUCCGACAAAAGCCAUCUAUGGAGCAGCGAAGCUUUUCUUGUUCAACAAUGCUAUUGAUGCCACUGUUACGGCGUCGUUUACAGUCUGGCAAAUGAACAGUGCUUUCAUCCACCCUUACUCUGAGGAUGUUGUCCGUGCUCUCUCCCGCAACUAAUUAUUUACCCCACCUCCAUUGAAAUUCGUUUUUUCAUAAUCUUGUGUAGAUUAUUUGUUAUUAUUAUAUAUGGUCUCGGGUUUGGUCUUUGAUUCAUCAUGUAUAAGAAAAAAUGGCACUGAAACAGUAUCAUAUGAUUCUUGAGAACUUUUUUCUCACUAUCAUUAUAUAAAGGGUUGAAAAUUUUGGUGAAAUAAA